UAAUCGCUGCAAAAGUUUCUUAUCAUUUCUAACAGAAUUUAGUUUUAAUAAAACUUAGCGAAUGAAAGAAACUCUGGCAAAAGAAAGGAAAAAUUCAAAAGGAGGCAGCAAUUCAGUUCAUUUAGAUUCAUAAAAAUAAAGUAAGGAAAAUGGAUGCACUAUUUCUAAUGAUGUUAUUAUUUAUUUACACCAUAGUUUUCAUAGUUGCUGUUGUUUUCGUAUCACUUGGAUGGAUAAGCAUCGAAGAUAACAGAUUUCUCAAUUACAUUUUCAAAAAUUUGGAUGCUGGAUGCAAGAAAUUCAUUCCUACUGCUGUCAAGAAAUGGACUGAAAAGGCAAAAAUUUUUAUAUUUUAUGAGAGGAAUCCAUUAUUUCAGCUGCUCUAUGCCACAUUAUUGUUCUUUGGAUAUGCAGCCUACACAAAAACAGCAUUUAAAUAUGUUUCUGAGUCACUCAUGGGAAGAGUGCCUUACUAUCUGCUCAUCAUACACCUAAUCUUAUUUGUUGCUUGCUGCUGCUCUGAUCCCGGGAUAGUAACAAGACAAACUGUUUCAAAGUAUUUAAAGGACUACAAGUAUGAUGGUUGUAUGUAUGCUCCUAAAGACUGCCAAACAUGCCAUCUGAAAAAGCCAGCACGCUCAAAGCAUUGCAGCUUGUGCAACCUUUGUAUUGCACGAUUUGAUCACCACUGCUCAUUUCUCAAUGUCUGCAUUGGUAGGAACAAUCACAGAUAUUUUGCUGCAUUUCUGCUUUCAUUAGUGCUUAUGUGUGGUGUGUCAUCCUUUAUGAUCAUAAUGGUUUUUAUACACAUAGUUAAUGUCAAUGAACUUCAUGUUGCAAAUUUUGUUGACAAAUAUGGACAAGUUCACAGUGCAUCUUUAAGGACUGUUAUACAGCAAUAACUGGGUUGUGAUCUGAUCCACAGUCUGCUCCUGGUCUGCUUUUUGAAUUGCUCACGCUAUUCCAGUAUCUUUCGUUUAUCAAAAUGUAAUCUAUUUGAUUCUUUGUUCUUUGGUCUGGUGAUAUCCAAGUGUGCUUUGCGCUUUCUUUUUGCUCAAACCAGGUAUUUGUUACUAAAAGAUGGUGCUUUUUGCAGAAUUCUAUUAGUCUAUCCCCAUUAGGUGUUCUUUGUCCAAGUCCAAACUUGCCAUCAUCUACAUUACUGCAUUUAUUUUUACCCACUCUUCCAUUGAAGUCCCCCUAUAUUAUAACUUUGUCAUUGCUCUUCUUGUGUCCCUUUAUUGUAAUAUCCAAUAACUCAUAGAAUUCUUCAACCUGUUCUCUGUCCGUGUCUUCUGUACUACCAUAAAUUUGUAUGAUAAGGAGUUCACCGCUUUUUUCUUGUAAUUUCAUAAGCAUAAUUCUCUCAUUAACUGCAUGAUAGUAUAAAGUGGACUUCUUAGUUCUUUCAUUUACAAUGAAUGCCAGACCUUGUCUGCUUUGCUUUCCUCCUGAAUAGAUGGUGCCAUACUGUCCUGGAACUGUUGGCAUGCUGGUCUUGAAUUCUCCUACAUCUUUCCAGUGUGUUUCAGACAAUCCUAAGAUAUCAAUAUCCACUCUAUCCAUUUCUUGAACCACAUUUGCUCGCUUUUCUUGUUUUAAUAGUCCUCUUACAUUCCAUGUUUUGAUGUUGUAGCAGUCGCUGGAUGACGGUGCAGGGUUGCCUGCUGUCCCACAUCCCCUCCACUAGACUAUCAAGGCCCUUCUCGCUCCUGAUACCCAAAUGGCCAAAAUCUGAGUUUUGGUUUGUUGUCAAGGUCAUAGAUAAAACUAAGGGGCUCAUAGUAGAGAUGGGCCCCCAGAACCACCUCUACAGUGUUUUUCCUCUUUUCAGGAGUUCUUCCGCCCGAAGCCGUUGACCCCUGGAGUCGUAGCUCAUCCCGCCGAGUUAGCCUUUGGUCUCCCACCGAGUUAGCCGUUGGCCAUCGCUCGUAACCCUGAGCAAGGGAACCCUGCCAGGUGGUACCAGUCGGGUCAGGCUGGACCUGUAAGCUAGUGAAGGGAAGGGACGCUUUAAUUCCCCAUUCAUGUCCUGCCGGAGCAUGCCACUUUCCUGGUCUACUGGUAGUUGCUGCAAUUUUACUUGUCAAUACCAAAUCACUUUUGUUUUCAGUAUUAUCGUUGCGUAAAGUUUGAGUUUAUUAUUACUGCGAAUAUUUGGGGGGGGGGGGUUGGGGGACUUAACAUGCUAAAAACAAGAAGCAAGGAAAC